AUGAUUUUGAUGAUCUUUGCGUUCGAAAGAUUCAAAGAAUCUGGAGGGAAGGUGAUUGGUCCGUUCACUGUGAAGAAGGGUUACUCAAAUCAACAGUACGAGUUGUUCCGUUACAUUUUCUCUAGCGCCAAUGAUCCGAGUGAAGUGUUAGCCCAUUUUGGGAAGGUUGAGGUCGAGCGGAUGUAUUUCAAAUGCAUGAAACCGGAGACCGAUAUAUCACACAGUCUCAUUGAUUGCUUUGCUCAAAUCAUGAAUUUUCGAGAGAAGAAGCGCAACGGCAUUGGAAGUAAGAGAACUUGGUUUAUGCCCACCAGAAUUUCGAGCAAGUUACUUGGAAGAACGAUGACUGUGGAGAGGAUGGCGAAGCAGCAAGAGUGGUCCACUCUUUAUUACGAUGCAGAUUUGAGUUUAUGUCACACUAUGGUGGUACCCCUACUGGAUACCGAGAGUGCUCCGCACUGGUUUGCGGCGAAUGUGAGCAUGGUUAAUACAACAGUGGAAAUUAGGGACUCGUUGUCUUCUGCAAUGCAUAAGAGGUCACGUCGGAGCACCUGCGUAGAGAUGGUAUGCACGUGUGUACACGGUUUGCCGUUUUAUUAGUGUAAUUGCACUAAUCUCAACUGUGAUUGUUUUAAUUUUUUUGCAGCUCCAGACUUUGGACCAAUUG